UCCGGGUCACAGGGACAGCAGCUCCAGCACGACGUCAAACCAACCCCAGAUCCACCGGUGGGAUCGCCAGGCCUUCCUUGGCCAGUGUACCAGGACUGAUAAGGUCCUGAAGCCUCAGAACCAGCCCAGCCCAGACCAUGAGACCUCCACCUCCGUGCUGACAGCUGGGAUUAGCGGCUCAGGUCCUCUCAAUCAUCCGCAUCAGCUGGAGUUCACAGCAACACAAACUGUAUUGCAGCGUUUAUGAGAAGCAUGGACCGAGACCAAAACUUGGUCCAAGUCAGCGUCUCCUAUUUGAGUUCCCAUUUCCAUGGCAACGGUGAAAGGUUUAAGAUGACAUCACUUGAAGGAGAGAUGAUUGUGUGUAAUUAGUUGGUGAUUAUCGUCAUUAACCCAGGUGUGUUUUCUCAGUGACACAGUUCUGAAGGAACAAGGGGGUGAGGGAUUAGGAUGGACCUGUUGCUAUAGCAACUGAAACAGUAGACUGAACGCGACCAGGUGAGAGGUCAGGAUGAAACAGAUCCUGUGAUCUAAAACCUGAUUUCUAACCGCUGAUGCGGAUCAAACAUCCAAGACAACAUAUAACCCUGACUCAAACACCUGUCAGGUAAAUGAUCUGGACACUAAAUCAUCGUUCGUCUGAUUCGUUUUGCAGCAACAACAGAAAACGAGACAAAAAUAAAAACAGUGACUGAAGGAAUUCCUGAUUGAGUUGAUCUUUAUCUAAUCUGAUGGAGAGGAUCUGUCCACGUCGUCUCUGGUACCGACCCGCAGAGAACGGGUCAGCGAGACAAAACCAGAGUUUAUUUUAAAACCAGAGGAGGUGAGAUGUGACUGCUCCCUCAGGUAAUGAGCUGAUGAUGUCACAGCAGCUGAUGGUCCUGAUUGGGUGAGAGGUUCCCAGCAGCAGAUAUAAAAAGAAGGAAAACCAGGAAACCUGGAGAGGAAAGUCCAGACAGAAGAUGCCGUCCUCCAGCUGUGUGCUGUGGUUCUGCCUGCUGUCAGUCAUCCUGCUGCAGAACGUCACCGGAGUUCAGCAGAACCCUGCUGAGCUUGUAGACCGGCCCGCUCUGAGGGCUUCAGCUGCCUUUCAUCGCCAUCCUGGAGGUGUGAGAACAGGUGAGGAGCUGAAGGCGAAGCUGCUGCGAAUCAACCACAUGAUGAGGUUGGAGAACGAUGUUGUGGAGCCGGGAAGGAAGAGGGGCUUCCCUGGAAGCAACAUUCCGCUGGACCGUCUGUCAGUCAGUCCAAUGGAAAACAGACAGGGCAGAAAGAAGCAGAGUAAGGUGGUGGGGUUGCCACGGAGACGAGAAAUCCCUCCCCCCAUCAGCAGAAUUGGAAUGAGUCGGGUACCAAAUAGUCGGGGAUAAGCCACACCUCUCCCAGGUUGCCCUCCUCUGGACAGGGUCACUGAAUCACAACAGUCAAUGACCUGCUAAGCCACGCCCACCCAUCGCUUUCCAUGGACACACCCACUCGCCUUGUAUGCAAGUCAAUGUGAUGCAUUCAGGCGCAGCUCGGUAAUUCAGCAGUUUCAUGUUUUUAGAUGGAUUUUUGUUAAUUAAAUUUUGGUUUAAAAUUCAUUUUAUAAACCAGUAUAUAUAUAUAUAUAUAUAUAUAUAUAUAUAUAUAUAUAUAUAUAUAUAUAUAUAUAAUUAAACAGCAAAUUAGAAUUUAAAAAUAAACAUUUUUUUGGGGCUCAACGUGACUUCCAGUGAGUCUUGUCUUGUUGCUUAUUAAGUUGUAAAUAAAUGUUCCAAACAAGAUCCACUCUGAAAACUACUGGGUUGAAAAACAACCCAGCUGGGAUUGUUGGACCAAGCUAGGUCGGGUCAUCAGCUAGACUUGAGUCAGCAUUUCAACAUAAAAGUUGGUUUAACGUUUAGAACUUUGAAGGAAAGUCACCUUCUUGCUGGUAAACUGUAUAAAUGAGUGUCUAUUAGCGCCGUAGGCCUGUGUUUUAUUUUGGCAUUUUAGUGCAUCGUAUUUAAUAUAAAAACAUCAGCCUAAUACAACCUGAGCAAUAAAUAAAUUGAUAGAAAACUG